CGGAUUAACAAUCAUGUUUAUAACAUCAUUUCCGAUAGUGUAAUGGCUGUCUGUCAAAAACCGAAGGCCAAAUAAUGCGAAAAGCUGAUAUUCUUGCAAAACCUAGGAAAAAUUGGAGUGUUCCAUAUUCUUUUUAUGUUUCACACAUUUAAAACUUUAUGGAAAUGUCCACUGCAAGAGAAAGGGCCAAAAGCACCGUCUUCAACCUCGUCUCAACUCUCGAGAAGAAGGGCAUUCGUGUGGUGGCAGUAGACUUCGAUCAAACAUUGAUUAAGAUCCACUCAGGUGGAAUAUGGAAGGAUUCCACGGACAAUCUUGCCAAACACAUUCGUCCCUGUAUGAAGGAUCUGCUAGAGACGGCACUUCAACAAGAGUUGAUUGUGUGUAUAGUUACGUUCCACUCUCAGCCAUGGGUCAUUCGGGAACUUCUGAAAAGUCUACUUAAAAAGGAUGCAGAGAAGAUCUAUGUACAGGCUAACACGAUAGAGUUUAGAGAGAGGCAUAACUACGAGUACCUAGGUAAAGAGGCACACAUUACUGCAGUAUUAACAGAGGUCUACAACAAGCACAAAAUCAUCAUAAAGCCGGAUGAAAUAAUUCUCUUUGAUGAUGACUUAGACAAUGUGGACACAGCUCUCAAAUUCGGACACUGGGCAUUUCAGAUCAAAGAUGACGUAUCCUACCAAACGUUUGAGGAAUAUUCCAAGAUAUUAGCUCUGCAGGACAGACCUGUUGGAAUUAAGGGAAAGAGGAGGUAGAUGUUAGAUUCAGUGUACAAUGCCAUAAGUUUAGUGAAUGGGAUGAGUGCAUGUGAGAAAUCUGAAUUUCAUUACAGAAUUGUCCCAUCCCAUGUCUUUAUUGAUUGAUAACCAUGGUAACAGGUUGCAUCUGCUGCAUCAGAUCUCCUGUUUUUGUAAAUAUACCAUAUCUUGUAUGUUUUUCAUUGCGAAAUCCCACUAUACCAGUACUGUUUCACAGACAUUUGUCAUUUUAUACAAUAUACCUUUACCAAUAUUAUAUAUAUAUAUAUAUAUACACACACAUGUCACAUGUAUUUACACUUAAGUGGAUUUGAAGGGGUAUGAAUCACUAUUUAUAUGUUUGGAAAAAGAUGUCUGUGGUAUGUGCAGUAUGAACAAGAUAAGUAAAGUUUAUAUUCAUGUACUAUAUUUUAUACCCUUUUUUAUAUGUAGUGAUUCAGGUCUGAAGUUACAUUGUUUUUAGCUGUUACAUUGUUUUGAUGAGAGUUUAUUGUUGGUUGGUUGUUUUUAAAUGUUGAAGGCUGCAUUGUAUUCAAUUGUUUUGAUAGUCCAACACCGGUGAAGUUACAACUAUCUCUAAAUUUUGCAUAUUUAGAAUUUCACGCAAAUUCUAGUCUUGGACUAUUUAACAAAUUAGAAUUUUUGUUACCUUACCAGCAUUGUGCUACAUAUACACCAUGAUAUUAUAGUUAUACCCCCACAAAGGGGGGGGGGGGGGUAAGCUGGAACCACCUUGUCUGUCUGUCCAUCUUUCCGUAAGGUAUACUUUAGAUUUACAGUUAAAAAACAAGUUUGUGGGACUUGUAUGUUUUUUGACACAAGUUAGAUCGUGAGACUUUUGUGUUGACUCACUGAAUAAGACACAGGCAGGAAGUGUCCACAAGCUUUAUGCCCCUCGCACUGCACUAGAUUUCUAUUUUUGAAAUAUUUUAUAAUAGUAAAAUGAACUUUAAUGUGAAGAAUGCUUUAUUCAAAUUAUCACCUUCUUUGCCCGGAUGUAAAAACAGACAGGUGCAUGGUACCUCUUUAAAUAUGAUAUUUUUAUCUGUAGGAAACACUAGUCCCCAUAAAGAAAUAUUUUAGGCAGACUUCAGACCAAAAUUAGAUUAUUCAUCCUUUGAUGUCAUCUUCUGAGUAUAUCUUUCAGGAAGCAAUUGAUAUUUAUCAAAUUUCAAGCAGGAAAUUAAGUCAACACUAAUCAGAACUGGUGUCUAGUACUGCCAACUGGGUAAAGACUGAGUGAUAAAGUAUAAGUAACUAUUUUCCUCAUGUUUCAAUAUUUUUAAUGAUUCACUAAAAACAUUAUUACAUGUAUGUGAUAAAUAAUGAAUAGGUAGCAUUAAUAAGUAUCAUUAGAAGUGGUUCUUUUCAGUAUUUAGAUUUGUGUAGAGUUGUCACAUUUAUAUCAGUACUGGCACAUAGAAUUGGGGGGGGGGGGUCUCUUUUGACAACCUUCAUUUUCUGUUAUUUUUGCAUGCAAAGUAAGAUAAAUUGGCUGAUUGUUCCCCUUGCCACUUUUUAUGCCCCGGGAGGGGGGGGGGGGGGGGGGGGGGGCAUAUUGUUUUUGUCCUGUCUGUCAUUCUGUCUGAAACUUUAACCUUGUUAAUAACUUUUGAACAGUAAGUGCUAGAGCUUUGAUAUUUCACAUGAGUAUUCCUUGUAACAAGACUCUUUUUGUGGUUACCAACAUAUUUUACCCUGUGACCUUGGAGUUUAACCUACUUUUUAAAAACUAACCUUGCUAUUAAUUUUUGAACAGGAAGUGUUCGAGCUUUGAUAUUUCAUAUGAGUAUUCCUUGUGACAAGACCUUUCCAUGGGUACCAAAAUGUUUGACCCUUUGACCUUGGAGUUUGACCUAGUUUUUGAAAACUUUAACCUUGCAAAUAACUUUUGAACAGUGAGUGCUAGAGCUUUGAUAUUUCACAUGAGUAUUCCUUGUAACAAGACCUUUCCAUGGGUACUUAACCUUUUGACCUACUAUGAAAAAAAUGUCAUUGAUCAUAACUUAUAAAUGAUAAAUAUUAGAGCUUUCAUAUUGCACACAAACAUUUCUUGUGACAAGAUCUUUCUACUGGUACCAAGAUAUUUGUCCUUGUGAUCUUGGUCAUCUUUGGAAUUGGUCAUUUUUGGGGGCAUUUGUGUUUCACAAACACAUCUUGUUUAUAGUAGUAUUGAAUGUUAAGAUUGUAAGCUUGAAAACUGAUAAACUCAACCUAUGGAGUGGAGGACAAAUGCUUCCCCUCAACUUGAUUAAGGAUUUUAAAACUUGAGCAAAAGAACAUUGAUAAUUUUUUCUUACAUGUUUCUUUUGCUUUCAAGAAUUUUAGACCAUUUUGAAGUAAACUUGUCAACUUCUUCGACGACUGCCCCUCUCCCCCCCACCCCAGUUGAAAAAUGAUGAUAUGUGCAUGCAGAAUAUACUUAGUUUAUCAGCCGAUUUGAAACCAUCUACUUUCAUGUAUAUACAUUAUACAAAUUUACAAUUUCAUAUCUAAGAUCUUAAAGCAUUAGUAUGUUAACAACAUAUUUGUGUGCCAAUGUUUUGUCUAGUCGAAGUGGAACAAAUGAUCAUGUCUGUUACAGUAUGCUUCCAUCAAGCAGCUGUUAUUCAAUGUAUAAACAUAUACACACCUCACUGUGUGGGCUGUAUCAACAUGUAUUUGUCAACAUUUGAAUAAACCACACACUGCUUAAAUCAAAUUAUGCCAAUUUGUUUCCCAGGAUGAGUGUUUUUCACUUAGUUUUUUUUUUUUAUCAAAGGAAAGUUUCUUGGUUACUUCAUUGGAGCAUUAUUUUUAGAAUGGGUCGAUAUUCACACGUCACAAAGCUUUUUACAUUUUGUUUAGUCGACCUGCAUUUACAGUGUCAGUUCUGUGUGGAAUCUCAUGUAUAAUUGGAGUGGUCUAAAACCAGAUAAACUUGUUUUUGAUUAUGCAUACUUAAUGAUUGAUAUUAUGUGAAAAUGAUCUGCGAGGUUGGGAAUCAUAUCUUUAACUAAUUGUGGAAUGACUAUUUCUAUUGCGAAUUACAAAAGUUUGUACGGGUGAGGAGUGGAUCCAAAAGUGGUGGGGAAUCCCCAUCCUACCUACACAGUGAAGACGUGACUUUCUUCAGGUCGAAAUAUUUUUAUUAUCUCCUGGUUUUUUAAAAUAUACAUGUAUAUAUUUGGUUAUGAUACUGUUAUAAUCUGGUUUGAUAUUAGACUCUGACUGACAAAAUCAUACUUUUGUUAUCAAAUAUAUCAAUUUGUUAUAGUAUAAAUUCAUUGAGAAAGAAAGAUUUUAUUGAAAACCUGUAACGUUAAGAAUAAUUAUUUGAUAUACAUUAGGUGUGUAUAUAUUGUUGCAUUUUUGAUAUUAGUACAGUACUUUGGCAUGCAUUGCAUAAACUGCACUUUGUGGAUGUCAGGGGCACCUGUUGUUGAAACUGAGUGUUGUUUGUACAUUCUGAAUAUGUCCAAAUUUUUUGGCUAAUAUUUCAAGUGUUCAGAAAUAUGGAAAGUAUUAUUUAAUUUUUUUCUGAAAUGAUUACUUCACUAUUUUCUUCUGCAAUCCCUCCAUUUGUUGUUGAGGGAAAUGAGUGGAUUCUGCACCAUGGCUAGAGAUUAAUAGAAUCCUUCAUCAGUACGAGUGUGGGAUACAGACAUUCCACUGCGGGGACAAUAUUCUAUGCAGAGUCCUAGACAGCUAAUCUUAUUCCAGACUUGGAAUUUCCCUAUCCCAAACGACAAAUUGUUAUAAUAUCUCACAUGGCUGUCUCAUAUGGGUAAAGUCAAUCUCAUUAUUCAUCAUAUGUUUAAAAUAUUUCAGUGUCAGGUAAUUAUUUAUUGAUGUAUACACUUGAUAAUUGUACCAAUGUUGUAUGUUUUGUGUGCCAAAAUUCCCACUGAUAUUCCACUGUUACACCAAUGUUGAUCCAUGUUGUGCUGGUUUGCUGAUCUUCUGAAAUAAAUGUGUCUCAGUUGUA